UAGCAAUUAAAUAGGAAAAUAAUUAUAAUUAAACUUGAGAAGAAGGUAUGGAAUAUUGUGUAUAAGAGUCUUGCAGUGGCUUCACUUGGAUCUAUCUCUCUUACUUACUCACUCCAUUAUCUUCCUCUCAUUAAUUAAAUCAAAACACAAAUGGAGAGCUCUGCAUCUUUAGCCAUCGUUCUUCAUCAGUCUGCCAAUCAUGACGAACUCUUCAUGCAGCAGACUCUUCAAUUCUCACAAACUCUUAAGGAUUUAAAGAACUUGCGGAAACAGUUAUACUCAGCCGCUGAGUACUUCGAAACAUCUUAUGGCAAAGAAGAGCACAAAGAAACGGUGAUCGAGACGUUGAAAGAGUAUGCAGCCAAGGCAGUAGUGAACACAGUGGAUCAUCUUGGCUCUGUCUCUGAUAAAUUCAACUCUUUUCUCUCUGAUAACUCAGCCCAUUUCUCCACCACUCAUCUUCGUUUGUCUUCUCUCGAACAAAGGAUGAAACUAUGCAGAGAGUACAUGGGGAAAAGUGGGACUUCUCAUCAUUGCUUUCUCAUUCAAUCUCCUCCUCACCAUCAUAAGCGUUACUUCUUCCCUCAACAUGGAAGAGGUGAACGUGGAAGAGGCACAAGUUUUUCCGCAGGAGAUGACUCGCAUAGGUUCAAGAGUGCUGUUCGAUCAACAAUACUAGAAAAACACACAAGUACUACUGCAAGAAAAGCUUAUAAGACAGGAAGCUUCUCCUUUUUACAUAACAACAUGAGCAACAACAGAACACCAAACAGUAAAAGAGGAAACUCUCCUCUGAGGUUUCCUCUCUUACGUUCAGGAUCUCAACUGAAACACUCAAGCUCUCCAGGCCAGCCAAGAAUACUGGCGUUGUUACCGGAACCAGAAAGAGCGAUAUCUUUGUCCACAAGUAGAGAGAUAGUGGAGAUAAAGCAAAAAUCUUCAUUGAGAAAGGGGAAGAAGAGUCUGAUGCUCAAGGCACUGAUGAGUAUGAGCAGCAAGUCCAGAAACUAAAUCCCUCCCUUUUUAUUUUACAUUUUUAUAAUUUUUUUUUUUUUGAACUAUACAUUUUAUAAUGUUCAUCCUUAAGAUUGUACAAAAAAAACAUGUGAACUAAGGAGAGAGUAAUAAUGGUUAUUCUCAAUCUUGUUUA